UCAGGCGUGAUUGUCUGUCUCACGCGUUUUAGAAGUUAACGCAGUAUAUUCCUAUUCCUUCUGAGUAGGAUUUCCCUUUCGGUUUCACUUUAUCUAUCUUUCGAUGAACAUUCCUUGACCCCAUGAUCUCCCCAUUUUUCCGAUUCUUGGGGUCUCUGAGAUUUCUUGCCUGUCUUUGAAGCCCGAGACUUUAAUGGAAGCUCGAGUUGGUGUGGUUGUCGAAGGAGAGCAGAGAGCUCUGAACUCUGCUCACGGUUGCGUCGUCGACCGGAAAUUUUUGCAGCAGCACAACCACACGAACCAAUCACUGAAACAGAACUCUCAGAUUGGGACGGUCCAACAGCUUCUCGCCGGUGGUAUUGCGGGUGCUUUUGGAAAAACCUGCACGGCGCCUCUGGCUCGCCUUACGAUCCUCUUUCAGGUGCAAGGCAUGCACUCUGAUGUUGCAGCACUGAGUAAGGCUAGCAUAUGGCGUGAGGCUUCUCGAAUCAUCAACGAAGAAGGGUUCAGAGCCUUUUGGAAAGGCAAUCUGGUUACGAUUGCUCAUCGUCUACCUUAUUCUGCAGUCAACUUCUACGCAUAUGAACGCUACAAGAAUCUGUUGCAUUCGAUUAUUGGGGAAAAUCGUAGAGGUAAUACAAGUUCAGAUCUUUCUGUGCACUUUGUAGGUGGUGGAUUGGCAGGAAUAACAGCCGCCUCUCUUACAUAUCCUCUUGAUCUUGUUAGGACACGUCUUGCAGCACAGACAAAUUCAGCUUACUACAGAGGCAUCUGGCAUGCAUUUCACACCAUUUGUAGAGAUGAAGGUUUUAUGGGUUUAUAUAAAGGACUAGGAGCAACACUUUUGAAUGUUGGACCCAGUAUAGCAAUAAGCUUUUCUGUUUAUGAGACCUUGAGAUCUUUUUGGCAGUGCCAAAGGCCCAAUGAUUCCACUGUCAUGGUCAGUCUUGCUUGUGGCAGUCUUUCAGGCAUUGCAUCAUCAACUGUCGCAGUAAGAAGAAAUUGCAUGCAUAGAUGGGACAAAUCCAACCAAGAAAAAGAUUUUACUUUCUUAUUUCCAACCAAACCCUGUAUUGACGUGACUUCAUGGAAAUGGUGUUGGAAAGUAGAGGAGUGGAAAUAUUGUUACACCACCUUCCUCUAGGGUUAGGAAUGCUACCAACAUUUAAAAUAUUUUCAUGCAAGUCAGGUAUAAAAGAUUCCAUAAAACGAAAACAAUCCAAAUUUUAUUAGAUAAAUAGAGUCAUGGUAGCACUUGUUAAAAACUUUUCCAAGUCUUGCACUUAUUCACAAAUUUUCCCACUAAAUACAAAGAACAUAAAAUUAAAAUCUCUUGGAAAGGUAUAAAGUUCUAAGAUCUGGUCUCAUCCUCAGAAGCUAGGUCUGGUUCUCCAGCUCCUUUGUCAUAAUUUCUUCUCAUGGGAAUGUUAACAUAUAAACAAUUGAAUCACAUACUCUGUAACCACAUUGCACAAUAAAAGUCAUAGCCAAUUUGGAUUUCGUUUUAGAAAAGAACAUGCUCAUACAUACAUGUUGCAUGCUUAUGCACUUAGUUUCACUUUCCUUGUUAGUUGGUACCGCUGUUGACCCUUGUGAGUUAGGGUUAAUGAUCCUUGUAUCUUGAUUUUGGCCUCAACCAUAUGUUAGGAAUCCAUUCAUGGGGAUGACAUCACUAGAUGCACUACCACUUUGCCUGUCCUGGUGUUGCAAUCCGUCCUUACCUUAUGGGACCAUCAUACUUAGCAUAGACAGUUCAGUAGAAUCAGUAUGUAGCGUACAUGUCAUACAUUCAGCUAUGAACUUGCUUUUUGCCUUGUCUUAUCUUGUCUUAUGGGAUCUUAUCAUGCCUCUUCUUAUCAUGUCCUUGCCUUUCAUUGGUGCAUCACAUAGUUUGAAGCAUAGUAGACAUGAUCAUCACAUGCGGACGCACAUUUACAAUUUGAUGCCGGACAAAAUUUAGAUUAAUUCUAACGGCUAGUUCCAACAGAUAAUUGAAACAGAGAAGACGAGAUUCUUCCAAAAUACAGAGAAAACUCAAAAUAAUAUUGAUUAAUAGUAAAAUUCGAAAAUUAUUUUAUGAAGCCUACAAGCUGGACUUAAAUAGUUGCAAAAUUCGUAAUUAUGAAGAUUUUUCCAAAAAAAUCUAAAUUAUUGUAUGAGAAAUAAAUACAUAAAUAA